AUGGGCUCUCUCGGACAGUAUCAGCAGAAGCACAAGGUGACUGUGGUGGGAUCAGGUAACUGGGGUACCGCCAUCGCCAAAAUCGUCGCCGAAAAUACUGCUAGCAACCCCGCCCUCUUCGAAAAGGAUGUUCAAAUGUGGGUUUAUGAAGAAAAGGUCGAAAUCUCGAAGUCGUCCAAACACUACGACCCCGCUUCUCCCCUCUGCCAGGGCCCUCAGAACUUGACCGAUGUCAUCAAUCAAACGCACGAGAAUGUCAAAUACCUUGAAGGGAUUGCGCUCCCAAAAAACCUGAUUGCCAACCCUUCCCUAGUGGAUGCGGUUCGUGACAGCACUAUUCUUGUCUUCAACCUGCCACAUCAGUUCAUCGUCAAUAUCUGUGGGCAGAUCAAGGGCAAGAUCCUUCCCUACGCUCGUGGAGUUUCUUGCAUCAAGGGUGUAGAUGUGAACGAGGAGGGAGCCCACCUGUUCUCUGAGACCAUUGGCAAGAUUCUCGGAAUCUACUGCGGUGCGCUGUCUGGGGCCAACAUUGCCACUGAAGUCGGCCAGGAGAAGUGGUCUGAGUCGAGCAUCGGCUAUGACCCCCCGCAUUUCGACUCCAAGGCUCCCACCCCGGCUCGCUCACCCUCUGGAUCUACUGAAAACAUCGUGCACUAUGAGCACAAGGAUGUUUCAGGGCAAUUGUCGAAGGUGAAACUACAGGCUCUACCCACUGAGUACCCGCCAGUCGACCAUGCCGUUCUCAAGUCGCUUUUCCACCGUCCUUAUUUCCACAUCAGUGUUGUAAGUGAUGUUGCCGGUGUAUCAUUAGGAGGCGCCCUCAAAAACGUCGUCGCUGUUGCCGCGGGUUGGGUUAUAGGCAAGGGAUGGGGAGACAACGCCAAGGCCGCAAUCAUGCGAGUUGGCCUUUUGGAGAUGGUGAAAUUCGGUGAACGAUUCUUUGGAGCAACUAUUAACACGAAGACCUUCACUGAAGAGAGUGCCGGUGUUGCCGAUAUGAUUACCAGCUGCAGUGGCGGACGGAACUUCCGUUGCGCCAAGCUCAGUGUUGAGAGAAACCAGUCAAUUGAACAGGUGGAGGCGACAGAGUUGAACGGCCAGUCGCUACAAGGCACGUUAACUGCUCUUGAGGUCAACAGUUUUCUGAAGAAGCAAGGCUUAGAAGAGGAGUUCCCACUCUUCACUGCCGUUUACCGGGUCCUCCAAGGCAACAUGACCAUUGAUGAGAUUCCAUCUUUCAUUGAGCGGUAA